GUCUACACUCAUACUUUGAGUCACAUGCCUUCUCAACAGUACAGAGAUUCGACUGGGUUUUUUUGUCCAUCUCCAUAUGUCAACAUCUUUGAUUAUCAUUUACAUGGUUUCUACCCAAUGCCAACAUCUUCACAACAUUAUGAAAAUUCAAUUUCUUCUCUUGCAGGUGUAACCAGCCCUCAUGUUUCUGCUGAUCUUGGAAGUCUUGGCUUUAUUCCUGCACCUUUUGCUCCUACAUCUGCUGUUGGUGUUUCAUUUGUGUCUCCUUCUUCUCAAUGGUCUGUCUCGAAUGAUGGAGCUUGGUAUCCCAAUACUGGGGCUACUCACCAUGUUAUUCAUACUCAAUCCAAUCUUCAAGCUGGGACACCCUCUGCAGGACAAUCAGACUCGGAAAGUGUUGCUCGAAAGGAGGCUCACUCAUGAAGGGUUAUAUAAGCUGCUACCUCCAACAACAGACGAGUGUUUACAAUCUUCCAAAUCACAUGCUGCAGCGUUUCAUGUUUCUAAAUCGUCAAACGAUUUUGAAUUGUGGCAUAAUCGUCUUGGACAUCCUCUAAUGAAGUGCUUAAGACUGUUCUUAGUUCGUGCAAUGUAUGUACUAGUGAAAAUGAGAUGCAACAUGUAUGUGCAGCCUGUUUACAAGGGAAAGCUCAUAACCUCCCUUUUUCUAAGUCUGUUACUGAAUAUAAAAAUCCUUUUGAUCU